UCAAUACAGUGCUGCUGAUGAAUGGCAGCUCUUCGAGGCUCUUAGUAUUGCAGCCGGUGCACAAAAUGUUCCGCUUCCAGCGACAAUGGCCAAUAUGUUCUCAAGUUGGUCGCAACAAUCUAGUUACCCACUUCUCACCGUUACACGUCAUUAUGAAAAUAACUCAUUCACCGUUACACAAGAAGCUUUCUACGAUAAUAGCACCACAACAUCGAACCAGACUUGGUACAUUCCAAUUAAUUAUGCACACAAAUCAAAUCCAGACCACCGUAACACUACCGCCUCGCAUUAUUUGUUGAAGACAAAAGAAAUUCACAUCACCGACAACAAUUUAGCCGCUGAUGAUUGGCUGUUACUGAAUAAACAGUCCACCGGUUUCUAUCGCAUCAAUUAUGAUGAACGUAACUGGAACCUAAUUAUUGAUGCGCUCAAAUCCAAUCCUUACAGGUUUCAUCCACGCAAUCGUGGUCAGCUUAUUCAUGAUGUCUAUAAGUUCAGUUCAACAGGGCGUCUCGACCAAAGUACACUCUUCAAUUUGCUACAAUAUCUGCCUAAUGAAGAUCAAUUCGCUCCUUGGUCUACGACAUAUUCGGUGAUCAACACAUUAAACAGAUAUCUGAAUGGGGAUAGUGAUUAUAAAAAUUUCCAAAGUUUCGUGGCCUCUUUAGUAUCAGACCUCUUCGAUAAGUUGGGUGUGAAUGAUGCAACUGGCGAGCAACAUCUGGUGAAAUCUAUACGUAGUAUCGCCAUUAACCUCGCCUGUUUGUCAGGCAUUGAAAGUUGUCUAGAGGAGACGAACAACAAAUUAAGGGCGCUCAUUGAAGACGGCAUCGCAAUCGAACCAAAUCUACAAUCGCAAAUAUAUUGCAAUGGUCUACGUCAGUCCGAUGAUACAGUAUUCGAUUUCGUGUUUAACCAGGUAUUGCAGUCCAAUAAUCAGGCAUUCCGUCGCACACACAUCACUUCAUUGGGCUGCUCGCAGUCGGAGUCCCAAUUGCGAAAAUUCGUAAACAGCUCAAUUGAUACGUCCGCCGAUUGGCGUACUCAAGAGCGCAUCACUUUACUCAGUGCAGCGUACUCGAGCAGCAGUACCGGAUUGCUGGUAAGCAUUGAUUUCCUCAGCGAAAAUUGGGAAGCAUAUAGUAAUUUGAAUCCCGGUUUCGGUGGAGAUAAUCCACUCAAUACAGCCGUGGUUGCCAUGUCCAGCUAUGUAGUUAAUGAAGAACAAAGACAAAAAUAUUUGGAUUUGGUGGAUAAGGUGAAGGACAGCGAUAAGGUGCAAUCUAAUUUGGAGACUGUCGUCAAUACGAACAUUAGAUCCAACGUUGAAUGGUUGACCAGAAAUCGUGAUCCGAUCAUGCAGUGGGUGAACAAAUUCACGCGCAGUGGCAGUGCCGCACUCAGUGCUUCAUUGUUAACCGUCUUUACCACGCUGACGGUUGCAUUGGCGCGUUACUUGUAGAACUUGAGCUUAAAGCCUGCUAGCUCUUACCAAUUGUGAUGUGAUAAAUUUUUGGUGGAACAUUUUAUAUAACAAAAUUGAAGUAGAAUAAAGAAAA